AGCGAGGCUACAGCAGACCCGCGCGCUUGUGUGUUACGCGACCCACUUACAGCACAAGUGACGUUACUUACUCCAGAUCCGUUAUAUAACGCUGAACCUAGUCAAUAACUUUACUUUUACUAUUGCUGAGAUAGCCAAGGAAAUCUGUUAAUUGUCGUACUUCUAAAAUUUCUGAUAAACUACAGUUGCUUUAUCAGGAAACAAUUACGGGUAUGGGCGCCAAUACAUGCCGAGUUAACUAACUACAGUAACUUGUUAACUCCAUCUGGUCGACAGUGCUAACCGGCGAAGGCGUGGGGGGAUCCUCAGGCAACCGACGAGUCGAAGCAGAGGAACCUACAGGUGACCAAUGAGGUGCCAGAGGGGGACCCGCAGGCGACCGCCGAGCAGGAGCCCGGGGGAACGCAGGCACCCAUCGAGCCCCAGCCAAGGAGACGAAGGAGGCGAGCCAGGGGGCAGGUGUCCCCUCCUCUUCCGGGAGACCGAGAGAGAGAGCAGUUGUGGGGUAGAUGUUUAACAUGUCCUCUCUGAUGUCUGCGAGUACUACCCAGAGGACUCUCUCUGCCCACUUGCAGAAAUGGAAGACAAAGGAUCUGAGCUUUAUGGCAGAACCUUGGAAUUCCACCCCUUGAACCUGUGGCACGUGAUCGCAGUCGGAGCGUAUGAUAAAGUAGGAGGGUGGUGUGCUGUGAAGGAGAAGCAAGUGCACUACCGACCAGGACCAGGUGUUUGUGAGCUGACUACUCAUACACCAUGUUUGUGUCCAGUUGGGUUCUGUUGGCUGUCCUUGUCGUGGGAGUACAUCCCCCCCACAGCCAUCAACAGCACCCUGCGGCUCAUCGCUCUACGGCAGACCAUGGCUCUGCUCAGCAUCCACGCCUACAUCAUCCCUGGCACCGAUGCCCAUCUGAGUGAAUAUAUCGCCCCACGCGAUGCUCGGAGGGCCUGGAUGACGGGCUUCACUGGAUCUGCUGGCACAGCGGUGGUGACCCAGACGCAGGCGGUAUUGUGGACUGAUAGUCGAUACUGGGUGCAGGCCGAGCGACAGAUGGACUGCAACUGGGAGCUGGUGAGAGACUCAUCGACAAACAGUAUUGCAAACUGGCUGAUCCGGGAGGUUCCAGAGGGCAUGGAGAUCGGCUUUGACCCCUUUCUUUUCUCUGUUGACACGUUUGAGGCCUUUAACAGUAAGCUGGCCUCAGCCAACCGAUCCUUGAAGUCCCUCCCUGACAACUUGGUGGACAAAGUGUGGACAGACCGUCCCCCACUUCCCCCUGAAAACCUCUUCCGCCUCCCAGACAACAUCAUCGAGAGAACCUGGCAGGAGAAAGUGCAGGAUAUCCGGCAGCAGAUGAGUGACAAUCCCUACAAGCCGACGGCCAUCCUGCUGUCUGCACUGGACGAGACGGCCUGGCUCUUCAACCUGCGUGGUAAUGACAUCCCCUACAACCCCUUCUUCUACUCCUACACCCUGCUGACCCAGGACGACAUCUGGCUGUUUGUACACAACCAGCGAGUGACAGAGGAGCUGCAUGCCUACCUGAAUGCGUCAUGUCAGGAUUCCCUCUGCGUACAGCUGCCAGGCUACGACCGCGUGCGUAACGAGCUCCAGGGCUAUGUGGAGGGGCCUGGCGUGAGAGUGUGGAUCGGCACUGAGUUCACCACCCGCGGCUUGUCUGAGAUCAUCAGCCCAAAGGAGAAGCAGCUGACCAGCGCAUAUUCCCCAGUGCUCAUCACCAAAGCGGUGAAGGACGAGACAGAGGAGCGGGUGCUGAGGCAGGCUCAUGUGAGGGAUGCAGUCGCUGUCAUCCAGCUGUUGACCAGGCUGGAGAAGACUGUCCCUGAGGGGCAGGAGACAGAAUUGACCGCCGCCCACUUUGUGGACGAGUGUCGCAGCAAGCAGAACUUCAACAGGGGACCCAGCUUUGAAACCAUAUCGGCCAGUGGGCCCAACGCUGCCCUGGCCCACUACAGCCCCACCAACGAAAGCUGCCGCACGCUGACCGUGAAUGAGAUGUUUCUCCUUGACUCGGGUGGCCAGUAUCUAGAUGGUACAACUGACAUCACUCGGACUGUGCACUGGGGUACUCCCACCGACUUUCAGAAG